AUGCCUAACAUCAGCUUUAUAGUUACCGCAGAAUUUCAUGUCGAUAAAGGGCCCUCACUCAUUCACCAAUAUCCCAAUGUUCUACCAGGUCUGGAAGGAUUGCAAUAUUUACCUGAGCUUAUGCUACCCGACCAAAUUCACAAACGACCAGAAGACUACACUCUCUUUCUAUUGUAUGUGAAUUCAUUGACGGGAAAAUUGCAGUAUCAGUAUGACCUGAAAACGUGCGAUUCGAAACCAUUCUUUGUUUACACCAUUGUCAACAAUGUUCCCGACCAAAAUGUUAAGAGAGGGUCGAUAAUUAAAUCGCUCAGCAUAGUAACAAGGCUCAAGUACUUUAAGCAUUUCAAGCCUCUUCUUAUGAUUUGUCUUGACAAGUACUUUGCUGAUAACGAUAUACGUUAUUUGGAGGAACUUUACGAUUCCAUCAAUAGCAAAAACUUGAAAGCAAGCCAAGCAAGCCAGUCAGUAAUCAAAAAAUUACUCAUCACUUCGAUAUUGGAUUUGCCAUUGAACGAAAAGAUUUACCUGGACGAAGCUUUUCGCAACAAACUUUUGGGAAUCAAAGAGAUCAAUGAGGAUUUGUUUAUACGUAAAGAUCUCAGCUAUAAUUCUGUUGUCACGUUCAACAACAUGAAAAUCCCCAUCAAAGUGCCGCUUCUUCUGCUCCCAGAUACGCUAGGUGAUUAUUUCAAUCCGACAGACUUGAACUUCAAACCAAACUUGAUCAAUAUUCUUAACGCAACUCUCGCGACUUCCUAUCACAAUAACGAGAUGACUGUGUACGGGCUACUGACGCCACCUAUCAUCAUUUUGAUCAAUGCUUUUCUCACUGGAAAGCGAAUCCUUUUCUUGAGUUAUGAAAAUUCUGCUGGUUACAUCAUUGACCAUAUUUUGCUUGCUCUAAAGAUUAUUACUGGAGGAGGAAUCUUAACUGGUUUUUUAACCAGCUACAACGUUUUCCCCAUCAUUGAUGUUUCCAAGAUAGAUAUUCUAGAAAAAUGUGAUUCGUACUUGGCAGGAACCAUCAAUCCCUUUUUCAAGUCCAACGACAAGUUGUGGGAUUUGUUGUACGAUUUGGAUGAAAAUGAGUUCCACGUCUCUUCUCAAUUGGAGGAAAAAGAGUAUGCCACCAACUCUAUAAUCGGAGAAGAUGCAAAAUUUUUGAGCAAUUUACAGCUUUCCCUCUUCAACUACAAUGACGACUUGACCACUUUACAAUUGAUUUUUAGAAGACAUGUGAACGAGAUCGUCAGAGUUUUGUUAUCGCUGCGAAAUUUCAACGCUAAUUUGUCUGAUAACAAUCAAUCAACGCUUCUUAUGGAUGGAGUCGGAUACUUCUGGCAUAGUGAUACAACAAAACUUCUUGAAAUGUCUUGUUAUCAACUCAUCUCUUCCAAAUUUCAAGAUCUUCUAUAUCUGAAGAAAAUCAGCUACAGCUUAAUAUUACCAAAUCUUGCGAACGAGCUUAAUUUGAUGAUUGACCUACAACACCAUCUUCAAAAGUUAAAUAACGUGAUAAUUUCCUCCAACGCCACUACCCAUAGGAUUAAUGAGCGUGAGAUUUGGUUUAAUGUUCUCAAAUACCUAAUAAGCGGGAAAUCGCUUGAAACUUUUCUACUUGUGACUUACUUAAUUCCACCAAACUCUUCUACUAGUCUCAUGAGUUCAAGUCAUGGCGGGAACUUGACUAUCUUUGAUAAGAACAAGGGAUUUGAGCUUUUACUUCUUAAUCUCUUUAACGAGGAUGACCAGGUGAAAUCAAACAUUGUGAUGAUCCUCCAGGAACUUCUGGACAACUUCUUGUGCGGCUGGUGUCUUCAAAAUUUUUUUGAGACUAAUCGCAUCUACGAGAUUGCCUUCCAAGAACUUCUUCAAAAGUGA